GCCACAUAGUGAGCGAGUACGCCGGGCAACGUUUCUUCCGUGCCCUAGAAGUUCCAGUUUGGGAUGAAGGUUGUGUCUAGUCCAUGUGUUUAGUUAUUAAUGGUAAAAGUUUAAAGUGGCAGCAAAACCAAUGACGCAAUUCUAAGGAAAUUAUGCGCCGCCCACUUCUCUUCAAUACUGGCUAUUGGGGGAGCGUCUCGCAUCGAUUCUAUCAGACGGAGUCAGGAGGCUGUAAAAGUUUAAAAUAACCAAUCGUAAAAUGUGGCUAUCUUCAGUUUUUUCGUCGUUGGUGUGCCUGUGUAUGUAUUCAUCUAUCAACACGAACAGGUUUCUAGCAGAAAGUAAGAUGGUCUUGCCAGUGCAUAUCAUAGGAUUCAAAGAAGGAGGGGAACCUUUUGACUUCACUGGGUACAAUACUGGUGCUCUGUUGGAGAAGAUUGCUGUGUGGGAUGGUGAAUCACAAAUAAAAGGCAUGAAAAUCUGGCUCACUAAUGGAGAAACUAAACAAUUUGGAUAUCAAUAUUAUAGGCCUCCCACUGAAUUUAAAUUUCAGCCAGGAGAACUCUUUACUUCUCUCUCGCUUUGGGCGAAUAAAGAUGAGACACGACUAGGAGCCAUCCUGUUCAAAACCAAUAAAAACAGAGAGUUCUUUGCUGGGAUGACUCGGUGGGAAGUGAAUGUUGAAUUUCGAGUUGAUGUUGGUUCUGGUGUCUGUCUGGGAGUAAUAGGCAGAUCAGGAUCAGAAAUUGAUGCUUUAGGCUUCAUGUUCCUUAACUCCAUCAAAUCCAUUGUGAUGAAGAAUGUUGAAUACACAACUCUACACAAAGUCAUUCCCUGUGUGACUGUGGAAGAAAUUAAAUCCAUGACUUACAAAAACAAACUAACAGUUGAACAACAGUACACACUGGACACCACCAAAAAAAUCACCAAAAAAUCAUCUUGGUCUGUCACCAACAGCCUGGAAUCCUCCUUUAAUGUUUCUGUCCAAGCUGGUAUUCCAGAAGUGAUUAAGGUAAAUCAUCAGUUACGUUUCAAGUUGGGCAGCAUCUCUACCUAUGAAUUAGAAAAAACUGAAGAGAAAACUGAGCCUCUGUCCUAUGUUAUCAAGGUUCCUCCUGGGAAAACAAUGACUAUUAAUAUCACCAUUGGCAAAGUAAAUAUGUAUCUGCCAUACAAGGCAACUGUUAUAGUGACUGGUACUGAUGGCAGCACUUACCACUAUAUCAAAACUGGCACCUAUUAUGGAAUCACUUACACUGAUGCAAAAGCCAUCAUAAAGGAGUCCAAGAAGCAGCUUGACUGAGAAACUAACCUUUAAUGUAUCUCAUAUUAAACAAUUGCCUUAAUUACAAUUUUAUUUCUGAAGGUACAUAAAGGUCUUUUUUUGUGAAAUAUAUACUCAUAUGUAACCAUACAUGAGAUCUACAGAUUAGUUUUGCACACUGCAAGAAAUAUUUGUGGGUCCUUUGAAAUAAUAAAAAUGUAUUGGAUUUGGC